AUGGAGUAUUUGAGCAGCAUUCCGUGUAUUCACCGGAGACCCAGCUGCUCGGAACAUUCUCCUCACGAAAAGCAAUAUUUAUACACGCUUCUAUGCGGAAGUCGUUGGGAGCUUGAUCCAAAAGAUCGGCAUCUCUUUGCGUACUGCUUCGAACAGCUGAAAUUAUCACUUACACCGAGCUUCUCCGAGUCACGUGGAAGAAUUGGAAAUAAGCUCGUUCAGGAAAGUGCCUUGCUUAACUCGUAUGAUGGGUGGAGAUUAGAUGUGCUAGCGGAGAGUCAGGUUCCCUAUGCUAUCAUGAAGGGAAAGGCUGUUCUUGGACGUAUUGUGCGCAGAAAGACCACCUCCUCAAUCGCCAUCGUUGAUGUUAAGCCAGAGGACAAAGCCACGCUUGCCAAGAUCACCGAGGCUGUCUCCAACAACUUCAACGAUCGAGCGGACGAGAUCCGUCGCCAUUGGGGAGGCCACACGAUGUCUGAUCGAUCACAGGCCAAGGUCGCCAAGUUGGAACGCGCCAAAGCCAAGGAAGUUGCACAGAAGGCC